CUGCUGCUGUUCGAAAGUAGCAAAGGCCAGACACGAAACGUACACUAGCAAAGGGCACGCAGCUCUUCGGAGAUCUCGAGAGUCUCCCUACCUACCUUGUCGUCGAUUCCGAACUCAAUUGUUAGAGGGGAGUUUGUGGUUAUGGCGGCAGCUUUCUCUUUGGCAAACCCUUGUUGUUCUUCAUCAACGGUUCGUUCGAGUUCGCAUCCCUCCCUAGGGCACAGCCGUCUUCAAUUCAGUGUUCCAUUUUCAGCGAAAUCGUGGAACGGAAUGGAGUUGAAAUGUGCUUCGUUACCAUCCAAGUCCAGCUCUUUGUCCAAUUUCACUCUCUCGCAAGAUGGUUCUUUGGCUCCCAAAACAACCACAACCAAAGACGAAGCACCGAUAAAAUCGGAAGAGGGGUUGUUGUCUGUUGCCCCUCCUGAGGAACAAAAAGAGCUGAAUAAUUUGGAUGUAAAUGGCGAUAACACCACUGUUAGCAUUACUGUUGUUGGGGCCUCGGGCGACCUUGCCAAGAAGAAGAUAUUCCCUGCUCUUUUUGCGCUCUAUUACGAGGACUGCCUCCCCGAGCAUUUCACGAUAUUUGGGUAUGCGCGGAGUAAGAUGACUGAUGAAGAGUUAAGAAAUAUGGUUAGCAGGACUCUCACGUGCCGAAUUGACAAGAGGGAAAAUUGUGGAGAGAAAAUGGAACAGUUCCUGAAACGAUGUUUCUAUCACUCUGGACAGUAUGAUUCCCGAGAAAAUUUCAUGGAGCUCGAUAAAAAACUUAAGGAACACGAGGGUGGAAAGGUUUCAAAUCGACUCUUUUAUCUAUCUAUUCCGCCGAACAUAUUUGUAAAUGCUGUAGAACAUGCCAGCCUCUCGGCUUCUGCUGCUAAUGGAUGGACGAGGGUCAUUGUUGAGAAACCUUUCGGCCGAGAUUCCGAGUCAUCUGCUGCUCUGACUCGGGCCCUCAAGCAAUACUUACAUGAGGAUCAGAUUUUUCGGAUAGAUCAUUAUCUUGGAAAGGAGCUAGUCGAGAAUCUAUCCGUCCUUCGAUUCUCAAACCUUAUAUUUGAGCCGUUAUGGUCGAGGCAGUACAUAAGGAAUGUUCAGUUGAUAUUCUCGGAGGACUUUGGCACCGAGGGAAGAGGAGGCUACUUUGAUCAUUAUGGAAUAAUUCGAGAUAUAAUGCAAAAUCAUCUCCUCCAAAUUCUCGCCCUGUUUGCAAUGGAAACACCCGUCAGUUUAGAUGCUGAAGAUAUUCGCAACGAAAAGGUCAAAGUUUUGCGUUCGAUGAGGCCUAUCCGAACAGACGACGUGGUGAUGGGGCAAUACAAGGGUCAGACAAGAGGCGGCGUGACCUACCCUGGAUACACCGACGAUAAAACCGUCCCCGCCGAUAGUUUAACCCCGACAUUUGCUGCUGCAGCGCUCUUCAUCGAUAACGCUCGAUGGGACGGCGUACCGUUUCUAAUGAAGGCCGGGAAGGCUCUACAUGAUCGGAGGGCCGAGAUACGGGUGCAGUUCAGACACGUUCCCGGGAAUUUAUACAAUCGAAACUUCGGCUCCGACCUUGAUCGCGCAACGAACGAGCUCGUAAUCCGCGUUCAGCCGGACGAAGCUAUAUACCUGAAGAUAAAUAACAAAGUCCCGGGAUUGGGCAUGCGAUUGGACCGGAGUAAUCUCAACCUCCUUUACAAAGCAAGGUAUUCAAAGGAGAUACCGGACGCGUACGAGAGGCUUCUUCUGGAUGCGAUCGAAGGGGAGAGGCGACUGUUCAUCAGGAGCGACGAAUUGGAUGCUGCAUGGGCGCUCUUCACGCCGGUCCUGAAGGAGCUCGAGGAAAAUAAGGUUGUCCCCGAGUACUAUCCGUAUGGAAGCCGGGGACCCGUCGGGGCUCAUUACCUCGCCGCCAGGUACAACGUUAAAUGGGGCGAUGUUGGCGUCGAUGAAUGAAUGAAUUUAAUUGAAUUACUCACCAUUUUUGUGCUAUUUCUACCUUAUUUCCAGGAUUUUCAACUUUUUUUUUUUGUAUUUCUGGGAUUAAUUUUAUUUUCUAAUGUUUUUGUGUUUUGGGUUCGUUUUGGAGAUGAAUUGAGUAGUUGAAUAAUGUUUUGAGCUGUUUAGCAUUGUCAGAUUUGGAUAUGCAAGUAACAGAGAGUUUUGUGUUCUUCAAGCCUACGACAUCUCCUGAUGAAAUCGUUAGGAUUUCUGUUUGUUA